UAUUGUAAAAUAAAACAGGUUGUCAGACAACAAGGAAUCACCUUCGAGCUUCGGCACAAUUUACUGAUAUAUAUGUGUUGAAUAUGCUCAACAGCUAAACAUUAAUUAUUGUUUAUAUAUAUUUUUGCGAGAAGUGAUCAAAUUUGAGCACAAUGUUGUCCUCACCAGAUAAAGAAGAUGACGAUUCCUCUGUUUUCGAAAUGGGGUUUUCAAGCUCACCUGAACCAAUAUCACCAGCAUUGUCUAUAUAAUGUCUUUGUUAUCUACGAAUAAGAAAGGACCAGCGUCAGCCACCAGCAGCUCACCCGGUUUUGAUAUAAGAUUUAGUGACAGUGAAAAAUCAUCUCCUCUCAUACAUUCAGAGGCAAAAAUUUCAAACUCACUUGAAGCUUCUCCUUCAUCAAUCUCAACUAGUACAGAUCUGCCCGAAGAAUUUUCUUCACCAUUUUCUGUUGGGUUAAGUAGCGACGCAAAUGGACCCUUUCCUGAUUCAAAUUCUUCUGAACAUCUUUCGUGCAAUCUUUUGCCUCACGAUACGCCGUCAGCAUAUGUACCAAGUAGGAGCCCAAAAAAAGUCAAGAGAGCUUUACAAUACGAUUCAACCGAUAGGAGUGAUUUACGCUGCAUGGGCCAUAUCAACCACCUGCUGCCAGAGGAAUCCGACAUGAUGACAACUAUCUUCAGUCGCUUUGUCCUGGCGUGUUGGUUGCAGUGUAUAUUAGUAAUUACAAAAAAAGACCGGUUAUUGGUAAUGUUUGUGAAGUUUUGAAUUCAAGUUGCAUUACUGGAAAGGUACAUAUACCGCGACCUGGCAACCCGUUAUGGUUACGAGCAAAGAUGGUGAAAUACCUUGGACAGACACUCUUCCAAAAGAUUCAGUAAUUCUCUGCUCGUUCUAACUUGACGAUAACAACCAUCUCCAAGAAAAUACCAGAAAAUAUUUAAAACGGUGGUAUCGGGAGGAAGCUAAAAGGGCUAUAAGGGUCUGGAUUAAUUUAAAAAAAAAUAUUUUCUACGCUUGUACCUAUAAUUAUACAGACGCAAGAUCCUAAAUUUUUAAGUGCAGAAGCAUUGGAGAAUAUUACUCUCAAUAUCAUUAUCGCAUGCUAACUAAAAUGUAUGCCAACAUUCAAAUGACUCAUUUAUCUUCAGGAAUUAUCACUGAUAUGAAUAAUAAACACUACCUAAGUAUGGACUGCAUUGUUAAGUGUUUUGAGUUUUUAUAAUAACCCAUUAACCCAUUGUAGAUACAGUGCACUACGUUACUCGAACACCCCUAUAUGUCUAGAUCUCU